AAAGGGAGUGGAAAAUAUUAUAAAAGCAACUCACAAGACAGAGAAGGAGGGAGCAAGCAGGUCACAAUAUGGCGCUGUUCCCGUUCUGCAAGAUGCCUGCAGGACCUGUCAGAGUGAUCAGGAUACAACUGGUCCUGUACUGUUUUCUCCUGUCUCUUAUCAUAUACUUCCUCCAUGGUCGUAGAGCUGCUGUUGGUGUGGGGUCAUCUCAUCGUAUCUUUCAUGGCUUACCAAUGGACAAAGGAAAAGUAAAGACAGACAUGACGGUCGUCAGGGCAACAGUGCCUAUCAAACAAACUCCUCUGGAGACACCAUGGGGUGCUCCUUUAGUGUGGGGGGACACCCGAAAAUCAGCUCGGCGCAGGGCUAAAUUCGCAAAACAGGGAAUCACAACAGGUCUUCUGGCCCUCGUAGUGGGAACUUAUGCCCAGUUCGUGCGACGUUUUCUCGCUUCAGCUGAAACCCACUUUCUGCCAGGUCAAAGGGUCACCUAUUACAUUCUCACAGACAAUCCCCGCUCCCUGGAUCCCCCCAUCGAGUUGGGGCCUGAACGAAAACUAAAGGUGGUUCCCAUUGCAGAGCUGCCUGGCUGGGACAGGCUGGCCCGUCGCCGGAUGGUCCUGCUUGCUGAUGCCAUCAAAAACCCAAUCGCCCACGAGGUCGAAUACAUCUUCUGUGCUGACGUCGAUCAGGAGUUUGUGGCCCCGGUGGGAGAGGAAAUCCUCGGAGACCUGGUGGCCACGUUGCACCCAGAGCUCUAUGGGAUGCCACGAAAUGCCUUUCCAUACGAAGUAGAAGAGGUCUCAGCAGCUUGUGUGGAUGAUGAUGAAGGAGACUACUACUACACCUCUGAGCUGUAUGGAGGGUUGGUUUCUGAGAUGUAUACGCUGGCUCGAACCUGUUCUUUGCUCAUUCUGCAGGACCAGGCUAACGGGAUAACAGCCAGGGGCCUUGAGGAGAGCUACCUGAACCGCUACCUGAUCGACCACAGGCCCACCUGUGUGCUGUCCCCAGAAUACAGCUGGUGGGACUCAGCCCUGGCUCCUGAUGUGCCUGUACAGAGGCUGGUGUCUUUGGGACGGCAAAGUGAGACUUGAAAUAAGGAGAAAUGAUGUAAAAUGAGGGACAGGAGGGUUCUGCUGGCCGAACCCAUCGACGUAUGGAUUUCAAUCCCACAUGAAGAACGGUUCUCAGCUCAAAUAUUGGUAAACAGUGUUAUGACAGGACUGAAGAUGAAGGAAAAAGAUAACGAGAAAGCACAUAUGCCAAUCAUCUUUAUUCAUAAUUAUAAUUCCCAUUUAAUUUUCUGUUCUUUUACCAGAAAAUUUAUAAAGGCAGCCAGCAAUCACACAGAAGCAAACUGCGCAAUCUGCUCUCAAUUAAAGACCCAUUUGUGUGAACAGUGUCUCUGCGUGCUAUCUCUUCCACAGCAGACAAAAAAGAAAUUGACCUGUCUCUUUAAACGAAGCACUGUGCUCUCCAUUAAUGUCAGCCUCGGAGAUACUGCUCCAGUGGCUUUGUGGUCAGCAGCGAUAAGAGUCAACAGUGUAAGUGCACACUUUCCCCACAGUGGCCAAUCAUUAACUGGAAGAGCUGCUGUUUCAAGGUCUUUAAAUAUCAGGUGGGGGGAAAAUGAAUACAACAAGAUGCUGUUUCUCCAGGUGAUACGUGUUUAUAUACUA